AUGCGGCAGCAACAAAUGGAGCAACAACUGAAUUGGCGACACCUGAUGGAAGAGCCACAAGCGCACAACAAAUGCAGCGACGAACACAGCGGCAAACGCAGCCACAAAUGCGGCAGCAACAAAUGGAGCAACAAAUGCAGCGACGAACACAGCGGCAAACGCAGCAACAAAUGGAGUAACAAAUGCAGCGACGAACGCGGCGACAAACGCAGCCACAAAUGCGGCAGCAACAAAUGGAGCAACAAAUGCAGCGACGAACACAGCGGCAAACGCAGCAACAAAUGGAGUAACAAAUGCAGCGACGAACGCGGCGACAAACGCAGCCACAAAUGCGGCAGCAACAAAUGGAGCAACAAAUGCAGCGACGAACGCGGCGACAAACGCAGCCACAAAUGCGGCAGCAACAAAUGCAGUGACGAACACAGCGGCAAAUGCAGCCACAAAUGCGGCAGCAACAAAUGGAGCAACAAAUGCAGCGACAAAUGCGGCAGCAACAAAUGGAGCAACAAAUGCAGCGACGAACGCGGCGACAAACGCAGCCACAAAUGCGGCAGCAACAAAUGGAGCAACAAAUGCAGUGACGAACGCGCCGACAAACGCAGCCACAAAUGCGGCAGCAACAAAUGGAGCAACAAAUGCAGCGACAAAUGCGGCAGCAACAAAUGCAGCGACGAACGCGGCGACAAACGCAGCCACAAGUGCAGCCACAAAUGCGGCAGCAACAAAUGGAGCAACAAAUGCAGCGACGAACACAGCGGCAAACGCAGCAACAAAUGGAGUAACAAAUGCAGCGACGAACGCGGCGACAAACGCAGCCACAAAUGCGGCAGCAACAAAUGGAGCAACAAAUGCAGCGACGAACACGGCGACAAACGCAGCCACAAAUGCGGCAGCAACAAAUGGAGCAACAAAUGCAGUGACGAACACGGCAACAAAUGCAGCAGCAACAAAUGGAGUACCAAAUGUCGUGACAAACACGGCGACAAAUGCAACCACGAGAAUAGCAGCUGUGGCUACACCGGCAGUGACAAGAAAACCAACGACAGCUCAGGAAACAACACAAGUCAGAACCACCGCCACAGUUACAAUCAUAAUAACAAGAAGAGUAUCGUUUCGAUCUCUUCAGAGUACAUUUACCAGCGACUUGCUCAACCAAUCGUCACCGGCUUUCAUAACAAGAGCGACAAUGAUAAGAAGUCAGCUUCAUCCUUUAUUCCAAAUCGAAUUCCCUUCCACGUUCCGGCAGCUGAUUAUUGUGGCAUUCAGAAACGGCUCGGUCAUCAAUGACAUGGACCUGCAGUUCCAGAACACAUCACCAAACAACACCGCAAUUGCUAACGUUUUGACGAGCGCCUCGUCGAGCGUUAGCGGUUUCGACAUCGAGCAAGGGUCCAUCACAGUGGAUGGAAUUGUUUCAAGUGGAGCCCCCCUCAGGAUCAACAUGGUCACUGCAUGCUGUCUGGUUGCGCUUUCCUGGCUCCUAUCACAUCAACAAUAGUGUUAAAUGUAUUUAUUUAUGCCAAAAAGGCAAGUUUUAUGAACGAAUUCAAUCACUAAAACUGUCUUAAAUGCACUUUCUGAUGUAUUUACUGUAUAUGAAAUGUAACUGCUACAUUUUUAUAGUAAUUUAUAUAUAAAUAUACAGUAUGUUAUUAUUUAAAAUGGCAUGAUCACAAUACAAACUGUGUUUUGAGUGUUAUUUCGUGUUGAAAAAAGGCGUGCAAUACACAAUUGCUGCAACAAUAACAUGGCCACAAUGGUUGUUAUGACAAAUGCAAGAGAAUCAGGUUUUCACACCUAUGCAGCUAUGUCACAACGAGCCACAAAUGAAAGGCACUUUUCUUUAUGAUGGUAUUGGAAUUAUGAAGAAAAGUAGACG